AUGAACAACCUUCCCCAUCUAUCGUCUCUCACUCUUACAAAUGCUUUAGCACAACCAGUGGGACCGGCUCCUUCGCUGUCGAUAAACCUCCCUAGCCUCACAGACCUAUCCAUCACGGAUAACAAUAUGCAUAAUAUUGCAUGGAUGGCAUGUAUCACGGCACCGUGUAUUAAAACCAUCAAACUCUGGUGCUCUGAAAAGCAAAUAGAAGCAGAGCAUUCUACGGCCAUUGUCGCGGCCAUAUACCUAAACCUUCCCAAUCUUACCGACAGCCAUUGCCAGUUUGCACUGAGCCUCAACACUCGCCAAUUGCACGAUUACGUGCGUGUGCAAGCCUGGACGAAGCUCACAGAAUUCGAUGAAGAUGCGCUUUCGCUGGUCUUUGAUUUCAGAGUCCCUGGUACCAGCGAUUUGCGGCUAGAGGAGUCUGUUUUGACCCUCUUUCCACCGACUAAUGUACCACCUGUCCUGUGCUUUUCUUCCAAUGCUACCACGUUCAGCGAUGACGAUUUGACCAUCCCCCGUCAACGGAUUCUCCGCCGACUCACCGAAAAGGGCAGUUGA